UUUACGCGCCAAAACGCACCUAUAAAUAACUACCUAUACAGGAUGCGACUGUCCAGAGAGAGAGAGAGAGAGUCAGAAGAGUUUUCUGUAAUCUGCAUCUCGUAGACAAAGAAGUCACAUUUCUUUCGCGAGAGAGAGACGAAAAUGGGGAUUCUCUGCUUCGUACUGGAUUUGAGAAGCCUCUCGCCUUCUCUACUUCGAGACUUAAAGCAGUCACUAUUGCAGCUGGCGAACUACUACGCUAUCUACACUCCGAGCGGCGGCAAUAGCGGCCUUAGAACUCAGUCAAAGCCGCUGCUUGAUCGAAUUGGACUUUGCUAUAUCUUCACUAAUCGCAUUUCAUGCUCCGUCGAACUGAAGGUCGCCUAUAGUCCAACAGGAAACUUCAGUCUCCGUGGUUUUCACCAUGCUGUGAACAAUUUGCCUACUGAUGCUUUUUCUCCCGAGUUUGACAUUUCUGGUUCUCUAUCUUGUACUGAUAUGAAAAUUUCAAGCAUUCUAAGUGAUAAUGUUCUAUAUUCCUGGGGAGGACAUGCUAGAGAUAUUACAAGAAAAGUGUUUUUGAUUAGUGCUUGUAUAGUUCAGCAUCUGGAUGAUGAUACCAAAAAGGUUCUCAUGGAUGCAGCAGACAUGUGUGUUUCUGUGGAGUUUAUUUUCAUUCAGCACAUGGCAAACCAUCUUGGUGAUGGUGUUGAGAAUAUUAACAACUUCAUAAAGCAAAUUGGUGAUCUUGAAAAUUGCUCAUUUCGAUCCUGUCUUUCAGAUGCACAUGUGUUUUCCGGAAUGGCGAAACAAUGGUUUCAGGAGCUGAAAGAUGACGUGGAAGGAUCUCUACACUCUCGGUUUAUCUUCAAGUCCAAUCUGCUAUACAAUGUCAACCAGUUGUUAUGCAACUUGUGUAGAUGUUUCAAUCCUAUAGUUGAUGGGUUCAUUCCUUGUCAGACAUGUUGGUGUCACGGCAUUCCACUUGACAAAUCAAAUGUGGACCAGAGCAAGGGUUCUUAUUCUUGUCCAGAAACUGGACAAGAUCUUCGAGAAUUGGAUCUGAAUGAAAACUCUGUCAAAAUUGGAGAGAAUACGAUCUUGUUUAUGCCCUCCUUUGAAUGCUGUCAGAAGCUACCACAAAUUGUUUCACCAAUUGAUUUCCAUGUCAUUGAACGAACUCCUCUAGGGUCACUAAAUGAAGGGUUUAUUUUUGGUGCUUCAUAUGUUGUUGCUCCAUCAACAUUUAAUGAGUUUGAUGAGACUGACAAGUCAGAGCAAAACAAUCAACUUUUUCAAGUGAUCUGUCAUCUACUAAAUUCCCUUGAUCAGGGUUUAGUUUGUUCUUCAAAUUGCAAUGUUGAAACUAUGAGGGAGACUUCCUUUCUCUGCUAUUACCUUCUACUGCCUUCAGAUAAAGGGAUGAUGCUUCUCCGGCGGCUUGUGGCAUCAGAGGAAAUCUUGCCUGUUGUUGAUGCACAUCAAUUUACUUACUCUACAAUGGCCAAAGAAAUGGAGAGCUUGGUUCGGUCCUCUUUGCUUAAGAUUGAAGCAAGUACCUACAGUCCACAACAGCAUGAGAGAGGCUUCCAUCAGAAACUAAACUUCCUUGUAAAAGAGAGUCUACAAUUUGGGGCAAUUCCUCCUAAGAUUAGAGAAGCACCUGUAGACUUUUCGACUUUGAAUGACUCAGAAGAGGCUGUAGAACCAACCCAAGCAGCUGCUGAGGUUGUAGAACCAACCAAAAUGCCACCAUUAAGUGAAGAAGUUCAGGAAAACGAAGCCAAUUCAUAUAUUGAAGAGGAAUGGGAACGAUUGAUUGUCACUGAACUACCCCAAAUACAUUCACCCAUACAAGUCUCCAAGCCAAAAUUGGAUCAUCCACUCCCAUCACCAUCACAGAGCAAUAGGAAAAUAGAUGAAAAAACUUCAAAAAUCCUGGAGAGAUUGGAGAUUCCCAGGCAGUUAAAGAAAAAAGCAGUUUCACCCAAAACCCCAGGCAUUGGCACUUCUCAGACAUGCAUGCUUACUAAGAAGCCUCUUAUCCCUUACGGGCCGUCUCGUGCUGAUGAUCAGAGUACAUUGGCAAGCCAACCAAUAAAGCCCAAUUUCCAAAAGCUAAAGAGAAAAAGAUAAUUGAAGGAAAUUCUUAUGUCGAGUCCAACGUAGCCCUGCACCAAAGGCCCAUUGGUCCUGAAUAGAAAAGUGGCAUCCUUUAAGUGAAAGAAAUAUCAUGUUGGAUGACACUAAUACGAAGGUGACAUGAUGCUCAUAAGUUGCUGAUUCCAGAAUCAGGAAAGGUGACGUAGGACUGGAGACGUGUUAUGACCAUCUGUGUAACUACCUGUCUGGAUGCAGAUAUUCCACUUUAGAUCAAGAUGAUUCGUUUAUCGUAAUAGUAGUGAUUGUGGGAAAUUGCAUCUUGUAAUUCGGCCCCACACGUGCUGUUAUAUGCGUUAGGGAGGUUGCGGGAUGGACGAUCCUGUGCUUCCGCGUCCCCAUCAAUCUUGUAAAGUUAAGCAGGCUUCCCUGUCGACUUGUUGAAUCUGUAACUGGUAGGUGCUUGCUUGAAUCCAUUUGCAGUGGACAUAAUAUUUGUCUAUGUUCAAAUAAUUAGAAGAUCUUUUAGAUCUA